UGAAGAUGAAGAGGAUCGGGAGUGCUUGAAGCAAGCCAUUACUGCUCUCCUGAAUCUGCAGUGCAGCAUGGAGCGCAUCUACAGCAAACACUCCCCGAGGCGGCGGCCUGGGGAGCAGGUCUGUCGUUUCUAUAACCGACAAAUAAGAAGCAAGCACUUGGCCAUCAAGAAAAUGAAUGAAAUCCAGAAAAAUAUUGACGGCUGGGAAGGCAAAGAUAUUGGGCAGUGCUGUAAUGAAUUCAUAAUGGAAGGUGGCUUGACGAAAAUCGGAGCCAAACACGAACGCCACAUCUUUCUCUUCGAUGGUUUAAUGAUCAGCUGUAAAACUAAUCACGGACAGUCGCGGCUUCCUGGUUACAGCAACGCGGAGUAUAGACUGAAGGAGAAAAUUAUCAUGAGGAAAAUACAGAUUAUCGAUAAAGAUGACACAUCUGAAUAUAAACAUGCCUUUGAACUGGUGUCUAAAGAUGAGAACAGUAUCCUGUUCGCUGCCAAGUCUGCUGAAGAGAAGAGCAACUGGAUGGCCGCUCUGAUUUCCCUCCAGUAUCGCAGUACGCUGGAUAGGAUGCUCGAUUCGGUGUUACUACAAGAAGAAAACGAACAGCCACUGAGGUUGCCCAGCCCAAACGUGUAUCGUUUUGUAGUGGAAGACUCAGAGGAUAACAUUGUUUUCGAGGACAACUUGCAAAGCAGGAACGGCAUUCCGAUCAUCAAAGGAGGAACGGUUGUGAAAUUAAUCGAAAGGUUAACGUACCAUAUGUAUGCAGAUCCUAAUUUCGUACGUACUUUCCUUACCACCUACCGCUCCUUCUGCAAGCCCCAGGAACUGCUGAGUUUACUGAUUGAAAGGUUUGAAAUCCCGGAGCCUGAGCCCACCGAAGCAGACAGGCUGGCCAUCGAGAAGGGGGAGCAGCCUAUCAGCGCAGACCUGAAGCGAUUUCGCAAGGAAUACGUCCAGCCAGUACAGCUCAGAAUACUAAACGUUUUUCGUCACUGGGUAGAGCAUCAUUUUUACGAUUUUGAAAGAGAUCUGGAGUUACUCGAGAGGCUGGAGACGUUUAUUUCCAGCGUACGAGGAAAAUCCAUGAAGAAGUGGGUGGAAUCCAUCGCUAAAAUCAUCAGGAGAAAGAAAGCUCAGGCAAACGGCAUUAGCCACAACAUCACCUUCGAGAGCCCGCCGCCCCCCGUGGAGUGGCACAUCUGGCGUGUCGGGCACAGCGAAACGCUGGACCUCAUGACUCUGCAUCCUAUAGAAAUUGCUCGGCAGCUGACGCUUCUCGAGUCUGAUCUUUAUAGGGCAGUACAGCCUUCCGAACUCGUUGGUAGUGUGUGGACGAAAGAAGAUAAGGAAAUUAACUCCCCAAAUCUACUGAAAAUGAUUCGCCAUACUACAAAUCUCACUCUCUGGUUUGAAAAGUGCAUCGUGGAAACGGAGAACUUUGAAGAGCGCGUGGCUGUGCUGAGCAGGAUUAUAGAAAUCCUGCAGGUUUUCCAAGAUCUGAAUAAUUUCAACGGCGUUUUGGAGAUCGUCAGCGCCAUGAACUCGGUGUCAGUGUACAGACUAGAUCACACGUUCGAGGCACUCCAGGAAAGAAAAAAAAGAGUUUUGGAUGAAGCAGUAGAAUUAAGUCAAGAUCAUUUUAAGAAGUAUCUAGCUAAGCUCAAGUCGAUCAAUCCACCCUGUGUGCCUUUCUUCGGAAUCUACCUAACAAAUAUUUUGAAGACUGAAGAAGGGAAUCCUGACUUCCUUAAAAGACAAGGGAAAGAAUUAAUUAACUUCAGUAAGAGGAGAAAAGUGGCUGAAAUUACAGGAGAAAUUCAGCAGUACCAAAACCAGCCUUACUGUUUACGGAUAGAGCCAGAAAUUCGGAAAUUCUUUGAGAAUCUCAAUCCUAUGGGGAAGAUACCAGAAAAAGAGUUUACAGAUUACCUGUUCAACAAGUCGUUAGAAAUUGAACCUCGAAACUGCAAGCAACCGCCUAGAUUU